GCCCGCGCGCGCGCCCUCCGGAAGCGUACCCAGACUUUACUAAAGGAGUAUAAAGAAAGAGAUAAGUCCAAUGUAUUUACAGAUAAACGCUUUGGAGAAUACAAUAGCAACAUAAGCCCAGAGGAAAAGAUGAUGAAGAGAUUUGCUCUGGAACAACAGCGACAACAUGAAAAAAAAAACAUCUACAACCUAAAUGAAGAUGAAGAGCUAACUCAUUAUGGCCAGUCUUUGGCAGACAUCGAGAAGCAUAAUGACAUUGUGGACAGUGACAGCGAUGCCGAAGAACGAGGAGCAUUGUCUGCUGAGCUGACUGCUGCCCACUUUGGAGGAGGGCCCCAGCUCCUGGACAGGAAGACUACUCAGGAUGGUGAGGAGGAGAACAAACCUAAGUCUCGGAAAGAACUGAUUGAAGAGCUCAUUGCAAAGUCAAAGCAAGAGAAGAGGGAGAGACAGGCUCAACGAGAAGAUGCCCUUGAACUCACUGAGAAGCUGGACCAAGACUGGAAAGAAAUCCAAACCCUCCUGUCACAUAAAACUCCUAAGUCAGAGAAAAGAGAGAAAAAGGAAAAGCCCAAGCCCGACACUUAUGACAUGAUGGUUCGUGAGCUUGGCUUUGAAAUGAAAGCCCAGCCCUCUAACCGGAUGAAAACAGAGGAGGAACUGGCGAAGGAGGAACAGGAGCGACUCAAGAAGCUGGAGGCUGAAAGACUUCGAAGAAUGCUUGCAAAGGAUGAGGAUGAAAAUGUGAAGAAACCAAAGCAUAUAUCAGCAGAUGAUUUAAACGAUGGCUUCAUACUAGAUAAGGACGAUAGACAUAUGCUCUCUUACAAAGAUGGAAAGAUGAAUAUUGAGGAAAACGUCCAGGAAGAGCAGAGCAGGGAGGCUGGUGGCCGAGACAGUGAAGAAGAAGAGGACCAAGAUGAGAGCAGUGAGGAUGAGGGAGAAGGUGAGCGUGGCGAGGCCCACACAGAGAGCGAUGGCGCAGACAGCCACGCAGACCUGGAAUCAGACAGAGAGAGCGAUGGCGAAGAUGAGAAGCCAGAAGAAGAGCAGCAGCAGCCUCCUGGGAAGAGAUUGACACGUGACCAUCAGAAAACUCGAAAAGCUGCCAGCUCUGAGCUGCCCUAUACCUUUGCAGCUCCUGAGUCCUAUGAGGAGCUGAGGGCUUUGCUGUCAGGAAGAUCUGCGGCAGAGCAGCUGCUGGUGGUGGAGAGAAUCCAGAAGUGCAACCAUCCAAGUCUGGCCGCAGGAAACAAAGCAAAGUUAGAAAAACUGUUUGGCUUCCUUUUGGAAUACAUUGGCGAUUUGGCAAUGAAUGAUCCACCAGACCUCCAAGUAAUUGAUAAAUUGGUAGUGCAGUUAUACAAUCUUUGUCAGAUGUUUCCGGAAACUGCGAGUGACUCCAUCAAAUUUGUUCUCCGAGACGCAAUGCACGACAUGGAAGAAAUGCUUGAGGCCAAAGGUCGGACGGUGUUUCCAGGUUUGGAUGUGCUAAUUUACUUGAAGAUUACUGGGCUGCUGUUCCCGACCUCUGACUUCUGGCAUCCGGUGGUGACUCCUGCCCUGGUGUGCAUGAGCCAACUGCUUACUAAGUGCCCGGUCCUGACCCUCCCUGACGUGGUCAAGGGCUUGUUCGUGUGCUGCCUCUUCCUGGAUUACGUGGCUCUGUCUCGGAGGUUCAUCCCAGAGCUUAUUAAUUUUCUUCUGGGGAUUCUUUACAUAGCAACUCCAAACAAGCAAAGCCAAGGUUUCACUCCGGUGCACCCUUUCCGAGCGCUUGCGAAGAACUCGGAGCUGCUCUUGGUCUCCGACACGGCAGCCGCGGCCGCGUGGCAGGGGGGAGGCCUCUCCCUGCGCUGGGCCUCGGGGCACAGCGCCCUGCCGUUGGCGGAGGCCAAUCACGCCAGACUGUCCUGCGUGGCCGUGUGCCUGGCGCUGCUAAGGCGCUGCGUGCUCCUCUACAGCCCCCUGCCGUCCUUCCGCGCCAUCUCCAGGCCCCUGCGAGUCCUCCUGACGGAGCAUCUGGCGGGCAGCGGCCACCCCCCCCAGCUGCAGGAGCUGUCUCGAAGCAUCCUGGCAGAAAUGGAAACGCAAAAGCAGCUGUACCGGCCCCUGGUCUGCGAGAAGAGCAAGCCAGUCCCGCUGAAGCUCUUCACCCCCCGCCUGGUCAAAGUCCUCGAGUUUGGACGGAAGCAGGGCAGCAGCAGGGAGGAGCAGGACAGGAGGCGGCUGGUCCACAGGCACAAGCGGGAGUUCAAAGGCGCUGUCCGGGAAAUCCGGAAGGACAACCAGUUCCUGGCCAGGAUGCAGCUCUCAGAGAUGAUGGAGCGGGAUGCCGAGAGAAAGCGGAAAGUGAAGCAGCUGUUUAACAGCCUGGCCACCCAGGAGGGCGAGUGGAAGGCUCUGAAGAGGAAAAAGUUUAAAAAAUAAACUACAUUGCAGUAGAA